CUAGGUUUAGUCGACGGCCCAGCGCGCGCUCUUGCUCGCUCACUCGCUCGACUUUCAACGUCUUACUUCUUAUUGACCCCCAACCGCCGCCCGCGCGCCCCCCCCUCUGAGCCAAACCCGCCUUCCUGCCGUCUGUCCCCAUGGACAGUCUCGCAUGGCAUCCCGGCAGGAAAUGGCAGACUCGCAGGACCUCGCUCUCCGCGAAGAGAUAGCCCGUCUUGAGACACGGCUCGCGCAGGCAAAGGCGCGGCUGCGUGGCGGCUCCGCUGCGGUGUCGGCCCCGGCGGCGGACGCCGUAGCUCAUCGACCCGCGUUGACGCUGGGUCCGGCCCCGUCGCCCGCCGCGCUGCUGCCCUUCAGCGGCGCCACCUCCACGGCCACGCACUUCCUCCUGCUGCUCUCCGACUCGGCCCUGCCUGUCGGCGCCUUCGCCUUCAGCAGCGGCCUCGAGUCGUACCUCGCGCACGCCUCGUCCCAGCGCCGCGGCGGCGCCACCCUAUCCUCCUUCCUACCCCUCUCGCUGUCGUCCUUUGCCGCCACCACGCUGCCCUUUGUGCUCGCCGCGCACCGCCGCCCCGCCGACCUCGCCUCCCUCGACGACCAGCUCGACGCCGCUGUCGUCUGCACCGUCGGCCGCCGCGCGAGCGUCGCCCAGGGCCGCGCCCUGCUCGGCAUCUGGGAGCGCUCCUUUCGCCCCGUGCUCGGACCGCGGGAGAAAGGGGGGGAGGGGACGGCGGGUGACGAUGACGGCGUUGCCGUGCUGAGGGCCUUUGCCUCGCAGCUGCGCGAGAGCGGGCCCGCCGUCGCCGCUGCCAGCGUCAAUGGAGGAGGAGGAGGAGGCGACGAUCUUGACGUGCCGCCGCUCGUGGCCGCGCACCUGGCGCCGCUGUUUGGCGCCGUGUGCGCCGUCGUGGGCUUGACCCUGCGCCAGACGGCCUACGUCUUCAUGCUGAGCCACGUCAAGGCGCUCAUCUCGGCGGCCGUGCGGGCGAGCAUGUUCGGGCCGUAUCAGGCGCAAAAGGUGCUCGCCGGGGAGCAGGUGCGGCGGAUGAUCGAUGCACUCAUCGAGAGGGAGUGGGACACGCCCGUCGAGGACGCCGGCCAGAGCGUGCCCGUCAUGGACUUGUGGAUUGGACGGCACGAGCUCUUGUAUUCGAGGAUAUUCAACAGCUGAGCGGCAUGGCACUCGGUUCAGCGUGUAUUUCAGAUGGUAUCAUGAUUAAAUUGUACAAGGGCCCCGCAUUCUAUCAGCUGCCCAAACCCC